AUGAAUGCUGCCAGCGAGCGCGGCCAAUGGCAAGAAGUGCUGUUGGUGUAUCAGCGCUGGCUACAAUCGGCUGGUGCUGCCGCUGAGCGAGUUGGAGAUGUCUACGAAAGCGCAAUCUCAGGCCUUAUGAGGGUGCGCCAAUGGGAACAUGCGCUCGGGUUGAUCUGUGACUUCAGAACAAAAUGUCCAGACAGCUUACGCUUCUGGUCGGCUUCGUGCACCAUUGAGCGGGCCGACUCAAAACUGCGCAUCCCCUUAUUUCAGCUGCUCCUUUCAAUGUGCUCGCAGUAUGGCAGCUGGGAGCAGGUGCUGGAAAUCCUUACGGAGCUGCGUGGUUGCCCGGAAGCAGUGACUCCAAGCAGUGUCGCCUCUUCCAUGACAGCGCUCACGAAGCAGAAGCAGUGGCAUAUAGCCGUGCAAGCUUUUGCUGAGUCACGUGACAUUCCGGACAUCGAUCAAGAGCUCUUCCGUGCGGCGAUGAAGGCAUGCUCUAUUGGGCAUCAAUGGCAGCAAGUCAUUGGCCUGCUGGCCGAAGAGCAGUCCAUCCUUGGUGAAGAGGAGGGCCUUGAUGAUGCGAUGGAUGCACUCUGUAAGAUAACUCGCUCGCUAUCUGAAAUGAAAGGCUCCAAGGCAAGCAGCUCAACUUCUGCAGCACUGGCAGCAUCCCGGAUGCUGACAGACAUGCGCCUGCGAAAGCUUUCUCCGACAGCGGACUUGUACAAGCAGGCAAUUGCAGCCACUGCCAGGGCGGGUGAUCCAGACCAAGCUCUGGAGCUCAUUCGCCAGAUGAAAGACCAGGGCUUGCCAACAACGCGGCGAAUGUAUCGAAGUUGCAUGGGUGCAUUUCAAGCAGCGGGCCAUUGGGAGCAGGCUCUCAUCCUUUUGAAGGAGUUCUCCCCAGACGAUGCUGCCAGCUUUGAAGCUGGUGUCUUCUGCUGCACAGAAAGUGGCAAAUUGCCGCUGGCAACGGAGCUGCUAACUGACAUGCAGGCACGUAAUCUGCGUGCCAGAGGUGUGACCUAUGCGAUUCUCAUUUCUGCCUGCGCCCGUGCUAAGCAGUGGCGCAGUGCACUGCGUUUUCUGCAUGAGAUGGAACGAACAGGUGCUGACAAGGGCGAAAAGAACAAGGUUAUUCUUUAUGGUGCUGUCAUCACAGCCUCUCAGUGGCCGCUUGCUCUUUCGCUGCUGCGUGAAAUGCCAGCACGCCGGGUAGUCCCGAACGCGAUUACGUACAGCGCGGUGUCUCGCGUGUGCAACCGAGCCAGGAAAUACGUGUACUCGCUGCAGUUGCACGAUGAGAUGCAAAAGAAGGAGAUACAUCCAAACAUCAAGUCUUUCAAGCUUGCGGUUGAGGCUUGCAGCAGCAGGUUGCAGCAGCUUCUCGAAGCGCAGACUCAGCAGGGUGGUCGCCAGAAGGCAGAGCUCCUGGAAAUGACAUUCAGGUGGAGCUUAGAGGAUGCUCGCAACAAGGCUGCAGUGUUUGGGCAGUUCCAUGCGGAGAUCCGCAUUCUUUCGCCAAAGGAGGAGGAUGGCCCACCGAGGUUGGUGGUGCGCGACCUCUCCAUGAACGGGACUGGUCUGAAACAUGGUGACAAGCCAGCUGUUCAGACCAAGAAGGAUAAGGAUGUGCCCCUAUAUCACGAUGCGCAGAUCCUAGUCCCAAUGCAGCUCAAGCAGCAUCAGGCUCCAACCGACAGGGCUUGGUUAAAGGUGGAUUUUGAUGAUCCAGACCUUGGGGCCGUGCGACAGUCCGAUGAUGCGCAGGCAGAUGCAGAUGCCGGCGGCGGGCCGGCUCCAAGAAAAAAGUCUGCUGGGAAGGGAGAAAAUGGUGACAAAGAGGAUCAAGGAAAGGCAGAAAAUGAUGACAGUGAGGACAAGCAGGAGGAUGACAAGGCAGAUGACAAGGAGGAGGAGGAAGAUGGUGACGAUGAGGACCCAGAUGGCGAGAAAACCCGAACCCAGUUUGUGGAUUUGUUGAUGAAGGCCAAAGAGAUCUCAGCGGGCACCAGUUACGAGGAUGCCGAAGCCCUCCUGAGCAAGAAAGCAGCUUGGAAGGCUGUGGAUGAACACACUCGGAAAGAAUGCUUCGAGAUCUUCGUGGAUCACUUGGCAACGCAUACAGGAAAGAAGAAAAAGAAGAAGGACAAGGCGGGAUUUUUCUCACACAUGAGGGUUGCAUGUUGCGAAGGCUAG